UAUAUGGAUCGGGUGGGUCAUUUCUUCUUUAAUGCUAAUGUAUAAACAGAAACUCCACUAGUACCCCAACUUAUGAAGUCCAAAGAUAAGAUCUAACACUAUUAAAUUGUUAAUUUUUGCUUAAAAAAAAAAAACACAGAGAAGGGAAAAGAAAAAAGAAAAAAAAAUAAAAGUGAACUGAAAAAAUGCAACAGAGCCCGAAGCUGUAAGAGCAGCUUUUCUUUUCCAUCUCAACCACGCCACCAAACAUACCUUGUUUCUCGCACUUCUAUGUAUCUAUCUAUCUCUCUCUAAAUAUACAUACAUACAUAUAUAUAUAUAUAUAUAUACUCACACACACUCACACAGUCACAUACAUAAAGGAGUUGUGUUGUGAUAGAACAGUGAGACUAGUAUUUUUCUAGUGCACAAAACAGUUUUCGAGAUCCAGCAUCGGAGAAGUGCGAUUUUCCUGGAAAAUCGUCCCCGUGAUUUCUCGAUUCCCGGAAAAUCUCCUGUCACUUCAGGGGUGAGUGUUACCGAAGAAAGCUAGUAUUUUACACUCAUCCGGCGCAUUUUAGCAUCUGAUUACCACCAGCGUGUUCGGAUUGGUCCUCUCUCUACUUGUUUUCUCUCUGAAUCACACAAAACAACAAAAUCGAUGACCUGAACUGUCACAAGCAUGCUGAUUUCUGAAGAUUCUUCUACUGAAUCUUGAGACGAGGGCUCACCGACUAUACGAAUCUGUGAUUAUUUUGAUUGAGCUAUUUGCGGGUGAAGAUGAUGUCUAGGGUUUUGUCACUGAGGCAUGUGUUGAUGGUGUCUCUGGCACUGAAUGUUGGGCUAAUAUUGAGGGUUGCUUAUGAGGGUGAGAUUCAGAGAGCAGAACGGAGUCUUCACGGCGGGUUAUGUUUCGAGGAUGGAGAGAAGAACAGAGGAGGAUGGACUUCCAUGGCCGAUUUUUCAAAGGACAAGGCGCACCUUAGCCAGAAAAAUCUGCUCCUCAAGUCGCCGUCGUCUUCAACUGUUCGUACGGAAGCUCAAGAUGGCGGGGAAAUAGUUAUCAAUCUGGACCAUGGCGAUCCGACAAUGUAUGAGAGGUUUUGGCAGCAAAUGGGAGACAAAACCACAGUUGUGAUCUCUGGAUGGCAAUCCAUAAGUUAUUUUUCCGAUGUCAGAAACCUGUGCUGGUUUUUGGAGCCUGAAUUUGCGAAAGCGAUUAUUAGAUUGCACAAAGUGGUCGGGAAUGCCAUCACUGAAGACCGUCACAUUGUGGUUGGAACAGGUUCGACACAACUUUUUCAGGCUGCACUGUAUGCUCUCUCUCCGCCAAAUGCGUCUGAGCCCAUGAACGUGGUCUCUGCUGCCCCGUACUACUCGUCCUACCCAUUGGUGACUGACUUCCUGAAGUCCGGGCUCUAUAAAUGGGCUGGUGAUGCGCACGCAUUUACUAAAGAUGAGCCCUACAUUGAGCUUGUGACAUCCCCGAACAACCCUGACGGAUUUACAAGGCAACCUGUGGUAAACGGAAAUGAUGGAAUUUUGAUUCAUGAUUUUGCUUACUACUGGCCACAAUACACUCCAAUUUCUUUUCCUGCAGACCACGACCUCAUGCUGUUCACUGUAUCCAAAAGCAUGGGUCAUGCUGGGACGCGCUUAGGUUGGGCUCUUGUUAAAGAUCGUGAAGUAGCAAAAAAAAUGACCAAAUUCAUAGAGCUGAACACCAUUGGUGUCUCCCAAGAUUCACAGCUCCGAGCAGCAAAGAUUUUGCAAGCCGUCUCGGAUAGCUAUGACCAUGCUAGCAAACCUGAAGGGGGUGAACUCUUCUUUGAUUAUAGCCAUAACCAAAUGGCAAAGAGGUGGAAGCAACUGAGAGAAGCAGUGAAACAGAGUCGGCUUUUUAGUUUGCCGGACUUUCCUCUCGGGUUGUGCAGCUUUAGUGGUCAAACUUUUGAACUGCAACCUGCUUUUGCAUGGUUGAAAUGUGAAAGGGAAAUUGAAGAUUGCGAAAGCUUCCUUCGCAGCCACAAGAUAUUAACUAGAGGAGGGAAGCAUUUUGGGGUUAGCUCAGAAUACGUUAGAAUUAGUAUGUUGGAGCGCGAUAAAAUGUUCGAUCUCUUCACAGAGAGGUUAUCGAAAAUCCUCUCGUGACAGUCUUCAAGUAAGCUGGUCCUUCGCCACAGGGAGAGGUAUGGAGAGUGAGUGAGAUAAAAUGUUUGUUCUCUUCACAGAGAGCUUAUCCAUGAUCCUCUCAUGACAGUCCUCGAGUAAGCUGGUCCUUCGCCAAGAGGAGAGGUAUGGCGAGUGAGCCAUACAUGUAUUUAUUAAAAAGAGUUAUUUUUGCUGACCUUUUCUGAGAUCUCCAUAAUGUUAUUCAUAUGAUUUUGAGAGAUUGAUAAUCUAUUUUAUUAGUUUAUGUGAUGAUUUAACUUCUGUUA